AUGACGGGCGCUCCGCCAUACAACGCCCAGUCCCCGACUCAGCAGCACCGGUUCGCUGCCUACGACUCCCCGACCAAGAACCGGCCUUUCUUCCCCAACAAUGACCAGCCCCAGGGACAGCAGCCGCAACAACAAUUCCCCCAGCACCCGCCCCAGACACCUCCGGCCUUCGGUCCAUCCUCCGUUCCGCGGAGUCCGCGCUUUUCGCACGCGUCGCCGCCGUUACCUUCCACCCUGCCACCGCCCUUGAAUGGGACCGCUCCACCUCCACACUCGUCGCACACAGAGACUUCAUCCCAAUACCCUGGUCCUUCGGCAAGUGCGAAUCCAGGGCUGCCAAUUCCGCGUCCCUUCUCGAGCUCCGUGAUGUCUGGCAACGGCACUUCGCCGUAUGGGCCCUCAACACCGCAUGGGCAUCCUUCGAGUCGUCCGGAUAGCCAUUCGCAGUCUCCCACUCGUGAGUCAGAAUCACCAUAUCGCGUGAGAGGCAAUGGCGUUGCAUACGGAUCCUCGACACCAAAGCCAGCAUCUCCUCCUCGGGAGUCGAAGCCUGCGCGUGCAGCUGAUCCCAUGUCCUUUGCGAGCAUCCUCUCUGGGCCCACCGAAGAACAGCCGGCAAGGAAAUCGACUCCUCCACCCUCCGCUACCACGCCCACCCCCCAGAUCCAAGAAAAGUCAGAGAGCCGUCCAUCCGAAACUGGCCCAGUUCCAGGCACAUUCUACCAUAAAUCGGACAAGGGGCCAGCCACCGAAAAACCCCACGCGGAGCCACCAAAGGGUAUCUUCACUCCUAAUGGGUUAUCCAAGCCAGCGCCAGAGCUGGCGGCACACCCGCCCCAGAAGAAGUCCUUGCCCCCUGGCGUUGAUGUCGAGCAAGUCAACCGGGCCAUGGUCGACAUUGACAAUGGCGAGAAGAGUGACCUUGAGGGUCCUGGCUUCGAGGAAGAUCAGAAACUCUACCUAGAGAAGGGUCGCAAGCGAUUGAUGGAUAGCUAUCGGGCUGAGCAAGUAGCUCGCAAGCGUCGUCGCAAGUAUGCACUCAAUGAAUUGGCCCGGUCAUUUGAGAAGCACGCUAUUUUAGGCACAGAGCGGUUCCGGAUCAAUAACGAAAGUUCCGUCAUCGCCGAAGUCCAGCAGAAAGAGAUCCAGGACGAAAAGGAGCGCAAGAAGGACAUGCAACGGAAACGCCGCCGCGAGAACACUGUGCGCUUGGAGAUGCAGAAGAAGCUGGAGGCGGAACGCAAGGCCGACAAGGCUCAGGACUCCGCAGAGAAGGCCAAGUUCCUGCGCGAGGCGGAGCGUGCUCAGAAGAAGAUUCGGUCGACCAAGCGGGCCCUCGAGGGUGGGAAUGGCCAGGACGAGCUUGGGGAGGUCACUCCCUUGGCACCCAACCUGGAGGGCGGCACCACGAGCUCAUUCCAUAUUGGUCGGGGUUCACCCUCGCGUCGCCGGUCUGGACGUGGUGGUCCCGUUACUCGGCCCAAGAAAUCCAAGGAGCAGAAGCAGGCUGAGAAGGACGCUGCAGAGAAUGCCUACUUGGCCGGAUUGGACGACGAAUCCAUCUACCUCACUCCUCGCGAUGCGAAGAAAGACGUCAGAUCCAAGGAGGGUACUCCGAUGCUUCAUUUGCACUAUGACAGCAAGGGCUACAACCAGAUCUACGAGCAAAUUUGGCGUGACAUUGCCCGCAAGGACAUUCCCAAAGUUUACCGCAUCAAGACCACGUCGCUCUCUACCCGUCAAGAAAAUCUGCGCAAGACCGCCCAGCUGGCGAGCAAGCAGUCACGGAAGUGGCAAGAGCGGACGAAUAAAAGCACCAAGGACACCCAGGCUCGUGCCAAGCGUACCAUGCGUGAGAUGAUGUCCUUCUGGAAGCGCAAUGAGCGUGAGGAGCGUGAUUUGCGCCGUUUGGCAGAGAAGCAGGAGCUCGAGUCGGCUAAGAAGGCUGAGGCCGAACGUGAAGCCAACCGACAGAAGCGCAAGCUGAACUUCCUUAUCUCCCAGACUGAGCUGUACUCUCACUUCAUUGGUCGCAAGAUCAAGACUGCUGAGGCUGAAGCAAGUGGUGACGGAACCGUUGCUGGUAGCAACAAGACUAUCCAGCCUGGCAAGGCGGCACACACGGUUAACCUUCCCGACAGCGUUGCCAACCCCAAUGCCAAGGUCACCAACUUUGAGGAUCUGGACUUUGAUGCCGAAGACGAGACUGUUUUGCAGCAAGCUGCCAUGGCUAAUGCUCAGAACGCUGUGCAGCAGGCUCAGGACCGUGCUCGUGCCUUUAACCAACAAGGUGGUGAAGAUCAGAUGGCAGCCUUCGAUGAAGGGGAGAUGAACUUCCAGAACCCAACCAGUUUGGGUGACAUUGAAAUUUCCCAACCGACUAUGUUGACUGCCAAACUCAAGGAGUAUCAGCUGAAGGGAUUGAACUGGCUUGUCAACCUGUACGAACAGGGUAUCAACGGUAUCCUUGCAGACGAGAUGGGUCUCGGAAAGACCAUUCAAUCGAUCUCCGUCAUGGCCUAUCUGGCCGAGUUCCACAACAUUUGGGGACCUUUCCUGGUCAUCGCGCCCGCAUCGACCCUGCAUAAUUGGCAGCAGGAAAUUGCCAGAUUCGUUCCGAACAUCAAGGUCUUGCCGUAUUGGGGCAAUGCUAAGGAUCGUAAGAUUCUUCGCAAGUUCUGGGACCGCAAGCAUAUCACCUACACUCGCGACUCUGAGUUCCAUGUCCUGGUCACCUCUUAUCAGCUGGUCGUCCUUGAUGCCCAGUAUUUCCAGAAAGUGAAGUGGCAGUACAUGAUUCUGGACGAAGCUCAAGCUAUCAAGUCCUCUCAAAGUUCGCGUUGGAAGAAUUUGCUGGGCUUUUCCUGCCGUAAUCGUCUCUUGCUGACCGGCACGCCCAUUCAAAACAACAUGCAAGAGCUUUGGGCGUUGCUGCAUUUCAUUAUGCCCACUUUGUUCGAUUCCCAUGACGAGUUCAGUGAAUGGUUCUCAAAGGAUAUCGAGUCUCAUGCUCAGAGUAACACCAAACUGAACGAGGAUCAGCUCAAGCGUCUGCAUAUGAUCUUGAAGCCAUUCAUGCUUCGUCGUGUCAAGAAGCAUGUGCAACAAGAGCUGGGCGACAAGAUGGAGAAGGACAUCUUCUGUGACCUCACCUACCGCCAGCGUGCUCUGUAUGCCAACCUGCGGAACCGUGUUAGCAUCAUCGACCUCAUUGAGAAGGCGGCCGUUGGUGACGACACUGAUAGCACGACCCUCAUGAACUUGGUUAUGCAGUUCCGUAAGGUCUGCAACCAUCCCGAUCUGUUUGAACGCGCCGAGACCCGAUCACCCUUCUCCGUGGGAGCCUUUGCGGAGUGUGCUUCCUUUGUGCGUGAAGGAUACUUUGUCGACCUCCGAUACUCCACCAGGAACCGGAUUGAGUACCCGGUUCCUCGAUUACUGUGCAGCUCUGAGGCUCGUUUGGAUGUACCGGGUCCCGGCAAUGCUCGUGCUGGGUUCCGAGGAAAGUAUCUGUCUAACUUGAUGAACAUUUGGAACGCUGAAAACGUUCAUGAAAGCUCUCGUGAGAACGGGGCCUUUUCAUUCCUGCGAUUUGUCGAUACAUCUGCUGGAGAAGCUAGUGAAUAUUCCCGUCUUGGUGUUUUCGAGCGCGCGACUCGACGCCGCGAAUCACCUAACAGACUUUCUCGUCUGAAUGUCGUCUAUGAUGACAAGGAAAAUGAGUCUGUUGGCAAGUCGGUAUGGGCUCAGUCCAUGUUGAACAUUGUGGACAGGAACAAUCGCCAGGCGCUACAUGAGAUUACCCUUGAGGGCCGGAUGCGCAAUUUGAUGAAUGUUUCGCGUUCGGCGUUCGAGGAUCAAGGCCUCAACCUGAUUGAACCCUGCGCAUCCCCUGCUGCCUCGGCGCCUCCCAUUACACUCUCCUGCUCGGGUCAAGAGGCCGGCCGUGAAACCCAACGUACUCUUUUCAACCCAAUUGUUCGGUCGGCAUUGUACGGCACCUCUACCCGGCAGGUUGAGGAGCAAAUCUUGACACACAAGUUGGAUCCUACUCCCUACUCAAAGGCGCCAAUGCUCCCAGGUCCACUGUCGCUCAAGGCUCGCUACACUCACAUCGAGGUUCCGUCCAUGCGGCGCUUCGUUACGGACUCGGGCAAGCUGGCCAAACUGGAUGAGCUAUUACGGGAGCUCAAGGCUGGUGACCAUCGUGUCCUGCUGUACUUCCAGAUGACACGCAUGAUCGACUUGAUGGAAGAGUACCUGACCUACAGAAACUACAAGUACUGCCGGCUGGAUGGAAGCACGAAGCUGGAGGAUCGUCGCGAUACUGUCGCCGACUUCCAGUCCAACCCCGAAAUCUUCGUAUUCCUACUGUCUACCCGUGCCGGUGGUCUUGGUAUCAACUUGACAGCUGCCGAUACGGUUAUCUUCUACGAUUCUGAUUGGAACCCUACUAUCGAUUCCCAGGCCAUGGACAGAGCUCAUCGUCUCGGUCAGACUCGCCAGGUCACUGUCUACCGUCUUAUCACUCGCGGUACCAUCGAAGAACGGAUUCGCAAGCGCGCCCUGCAGAAAGAGGAGGUGCAGCGUGUGGUUAUUUCUGGUGGUGCUGCUGGUGGUGUCGACUUCAACACUCGUGCCCGUGAGAACCGCACCAAGGAUAUCGCCAUGUGGCUUGCAGACGAUGAUGAGGCGGAGCUCAUUGAGCAGAAGGAGAAGGAGGCGCUGGAGCGUGGUGAAGCCUUUGGUGCAGCCAAGGGUGCUAAGAAGGCCACGCAGAAGCGGAAGCGUGAGCUCACGAUGGAUGAUAUGUAUCAUGAAGGCGAGGGCAACUUUGACGAUGCCAGCGCCAAGCCGUCGGGCACUGCGACCCCGAUGUCGGGAGACUUGGACACUCCACCCGCCGAUAUAUCCGUCACCCCAGCGAAGCGCGGUCGUGGUCGUGGCGGGGGCAAAGCAGGCUCAUCCAAACGCGCAAAGACCAUGAAAGAACGGCUUCGGUUAAUUGACGGCGAUGGCGGACUCACUUGA